UAUCUGCUGCGGGUUGAUAAUCGUGGGCAGGGGCUUUCAUUGGUAUAGGAAGUAAUCUCAUUGACCUUCAGCAGCGAAGAAGGUAUAAAAACCAAAGUAGUUCCCUUGGGCAACUGUUUGGGCACCCCUUGUAUUUCUCAGUUUCUGAGGAGGACGUGUUUGGGGGAAAUUUGGUGGCAAAAUGGCAACUUUAAACGAAAAGAAGACCUGCAGUGAACGGAUGGAAAAUUUCCGUCGUUUUGUCUGGAAUCCCGAAACGAAGCUGUUUAUGGGAAGGACCUUGAUUAACUGGGUGUGGAUCAGCCUCUACUACCUGGCCUUCUACGUGGUGAUGACCGGACUGUUUGCGCUCUCCAUAUAUUCCUUAAUGAGAACGGUGAACCCGUAUGAGCCGGAUUACCAAGACCAGCUGAAGUCCCCAGGUGUAACGUUACGCCCGGAUGUCUACGGGGAUAGAGGACUACAAAUCUACUACAACACAUCUGAAAACAAAACCUGGGAGCGACUGGUGACGACUCUUCAAACCUUUCUGACAGCGUAUACCCCUGCUGCUCAGCAUCUGAACAUCAACUGCACAGGUGACAAGUACUUCAUCCAGGACACCUUUGAUGGCCCCAAUAACACAAAGCUGUCCUGCAAAUUUACAUCAGAUAUGCUUCAGAACUGCUCUGGCAUCGCAGAUCCUACUUUUGGAUUUCCAGAAGGAAAACCUUGCUUUAUUAUAAAAAUGAACAGGAUUAUCAAGUUUUACCCCGGUAAUGGCACUGCACCGAGAGUGGACUGCACAUACGUAGGCGAUGAGUCUCGCCCGCUGGAGGUGGACUACUACCCAGUGAACGGCACCUUCAACCUGCACUACUUCCCUUACUAUGGAAAAAAGGCACAGCCUACUUAUAGCAAUCCUUUGGUAGCUGUGAAAUUCCUCAACAUUACAAGGAACGUAGAACUCAAAAUAGUGUGCAAAAUCAUUGGAGCUGGGAUUACCUUUGAUAAUGUUCAUGAUCCUUAUGAAGGAAAAGUGGAAUUUAAAUUGAAAAUAGAAGACUAAGCAGCAGCAGAGACACUUCUGAAAGACAUCUGUGAAGAGUGACCUACCUGUGACCACAUUCACUCGUAUUUAUUUUCUAUGAUUUCCAGAUAAAUUGACUCAAAUUGCAGUGAAAAUAGACAUUUUCUACUGAAAGGCAACCCAUGUAACUAAAAAUCAAGAUACCGCUUUCCGUGUGUGAAGGAGAUAGGGAUCACCCUGCGUGUACAUAGCUUGCUUAUGCCUCCGUGCGAUAACUUGUACAAAACAAGUUUCCUCAAACCGAGCAGGUGUAUCUUCAAAGAAAAUAAGUUCAGGAUCAAAACACCAUUUGCAUUUACUUGUCAAGCCAUAAUAAAUAAUUGAUGUAUAAUACUAAAUAUCGGAUACUGUAGAAAUAAUUAGGAUAGCUAGAAAAAUAGUUUGAAGGAGCACACAGAAAUACAAUUCUCAAUCCGUCUUGUAUAGGAUGUUUAAAUUAUAAAAGGGUAGCAAAAUUAUCUGUAUCCCCAUACAUUGCUUUUUUUUUUACUAGUUAGCCAAGACAGAUUUUUUUUUUAGUCGACAAAUCAAUGACUGCAAAAGAAGUGAACUUGAAACUGGCCUCUAGGCUACAGCUUUUAUUGUACCUACCACUUGUAAUUUUUGUCCAACAAUAAAAACACUCGGUAAGACUGUAACACCGGGUUACAUCCAGGAGAAUUGUGUUCAUUUAGCUAUUAGGGGUUGUUGGUUUUGUUUUCUUCCCCUCUCCAACCCUCCCAGUAGAAUAGCUUUAUAGGGCUUGCUGGGUUACCUGGAAUAAUCUGAAAAAAUGAAAAUGUUAAAAUGAAAUCUUUAAAUGAAUCUAAAGUUUGAGAAGUCUAGCCCUAACAAACAAUACAAAGACACAGGAUUGCUGUGUCUGUAGCAUCUAUUUAUCUUAGAUGAAGUCCAGAUUGCUUCAACCAAAGCAUAAACAUUACACAGAAGAAAAAGAAAUCCAACAGAAGAAAUCCUUCGUUGCUGGGCAUGCUAGAGAGGUGGAAAAGGUAAACCUCACCAUUACAACACUGACUUCCAGACACCCAGCUCACAGGAACAAUUUGGUUGAAGGGGAGUAUUUCCACUUCAAAACCAGAAGUGGUGUUUGAGCCUAUUAGAAAAAAUGAGCAUUCUGCAUUUCAGAAACAAUAAGAAAAUGCAACCUCAUAUAGGAAUUUUUCCCCGUCCUUCUAUAUUUCAAUUUUUACUUUGGGCCUUUGCCCCUCUUUUAAGAAACUGUAUGAAAACCAUUUUUAUAUCCUUGUUGGAACACAGGU